CAUAGUAAUAGCCAUUAUUGUUCUGCCUCAAUUGCAAGUAGCUAUUAUAUUAAUAGGAUGGCAGUAUUUCACUUGGUAAUGAGUGUUGUCUUACUGUGUUUCACUGUUGGACAAAGCGGAGCAAUUAGUGUUUCUCUGACUGUAGAGGGAGGAGUGAAUCUGGUUGGUGAACACUGUCCUGGAACUGUCAGACUGUUUUGUGAGGGAGUGGAUCUCACUAGUUUGCGUUGGAGUUACAAUGUCACUAAAGAAGAAAUUCAUUCAUUCUAUCCUGACAGUAUGAUUUCUACUCAAACUGUAUCAAAUCCAGCCUUUAUUUCUGUUGAGUUGAGCUCAGUUUUGCAGAGUGAUCAACGGAAUUUCGGAAACUUUUCUUCAACUCUUACCCUCAACAUCUCAGAGCUUGAGGAGCAGCAUAUUAAUGAAAUCAGAUGCGGCAAUCCGGUAACGCACCAGACAAUCACAAUUGAUGUUCAGGUAAGGCAACAGGCAUUAUCAGAAGACCCUCAAUAAAUCAAUAUUGUCAAAUCCUUUAAAUCUUCUGCUUCUGUUAUGCUGACAGUUUCAUGGGAACCACCAGUUGUGGCAUGCCCUGCUUCUAGACGACAAAUACGCUAUGAGGCCACCCUAACUGGGAAUGAUUAUCAUCACAUCUCAACUACUAAUAGUGGUACCUGUACAAUGGUGUGCAGCGUCACAUUCACUGUCCCGCUUUCCAGAGAUGGUAACUACGUGUUGGAGCUCCAAGCUAUCAACGACGUGGGGAGAAGUGAUCCUGUCCUACAUAAUAUUUUUAUAGUGACACACAGCAGUUCCAAUGGUAUAUCUAUCGGAGUGACCGUAGCAACUACUGUUGUUGUAUUCAUAUUCUCUUUGGUACUCGGUUUCGUCACGGGAGUUGGUACAUACUAUAUUGUGCUGAAAAAAUUACUCAUCAUAAAAUUGAAAAGCGAAACUGAGUCUGGAGUGCAACCGAGAGAGGAUGCACCGGAGAUACGAAUACAAGAAUCAAGGGAAAUUUAUCGGGAGGUUAUCUAUUCGAAUCCAGAAACAGCACAGCAAAAUGAAGACCUGACUCACUCUUAUUGUGAAGCCGAUGAUCCAAUAAUAGGCAGUAGUGUUUAUACAAAGUCGAGUGUAAGUUCAAAGGAACCAAUUCCUAACGAGUCUUAUGGAAAGCCAAAGAAAGAACGUUCCCGACCAGAUGAAGAAAUGAGAUUAAAAGCUAACCUAUCUUACGAUAAAGUGGGAAUUUUGAAAAGAAGUGGAGCUAGAAGAGGCAAGAUGAACAUGGAAGCGAAUCAGUCGUAUGGUUUGGCAAGAGUAUCCACUGACCCAGAGGAUAAAGUGGAGUACGAUUACAUUGACAAUGAACUGCUUCAAUCUUGCAAAUAGAGUCUCCCAUUUAGAUCUAGCACAUGCAAGCAUGUCAGUUUAGUGCAGUAUCACAACGUUGAACCUUAUCGGAUAUUUUGUAACAGUAUGUGUAUAUCACACUUCCAAUUAUACAACCCUUCUUGCACUCAUGCAUACAAUCAAUGUAACGUAAUUGAUUAUCAUAAUU